AUGACAACCAUGCAGAGGCUGCUGCAGCUCCCGGUGAACGCGGUGAACAUGGUGAAAACGGCCCAGGGCGCCGAGGAGGCCAAGAGCCCCGUGCUGACGCCUGACGGAGGGCAGCAGACGUGGUACAACGCCGUCAGGCCGGACGAGCUCAGGCAUCUCCGAGCCAGUGGGGAGCAGGAGGAGCGGCCGGCGCUGGAAGAGGCCGCCGCCAGCGCCCAGACGCAGCCGCUGCGACAUGAUGACUUGAAGGAGAUGCUGGACAGUAAUAAGGACUCCCUGAAGCUGGAGGCCAUGAAGAGAAUUGUUGCUAUGAUCGCAAGAGGGAAGAAUGCAUCAGAUCUGUUCCCAGCUGUGGUGAAGAAUGUGGCCUGUAAGAACAUUGAGGUGAAGAAGCUGGUGUACGUGUACCUGGUGCGCUAUGCAGAGGAACAGCAGGACCUGGCUCUCCUCUCUAUCUCCACCUUCCAGAGGGGGUUAAAGGAUCCAAACCAGCUGAUCCGCGCCAGCGCCCUGCGGGUCCUCUCCAGCAUCAGGGUCACCAUUAUUGUGCCCAUUAUGAUGCUAGCCAUCAAGGAGGCCGCCUCCGAUAUGUCUCCCUAUGUGCGGAAGACCGCCGCCCAUGCCAUUCCCAAACUCUACAGCUUGGACCCGGAGCAGAAGGACCAGUUGAUCGAGGUCAUAGAAAAACUUCUUGCAGACAAAACGACGCUGGUGGCGGGCAGUGUGGUGAUGGCGUUUGAGGAGGUGUGUCCUGAGCGUAUCGACCUCAUUCACAAGAACUACCGUAAGCUGUGCAACCUGCUGAUUGAUGUGGAGGAGUGGGGUCAGGUGGUCAUCAUCAACAUGCUGACCCGCUAUGCCCGGACACAGUUCCUGAACCCCAACGUGAACGAGUCUCUGCUGGAGGAGAGCGGGGAGAAGGCCUUCUACGGUUCGGACGAGGAUGAGGGGAAGGACGAGAAGGCCGAGGCCGCUGCGCUGGCCAAGAGGAAGCCUUACGUGAUGGACCCAGACCACAGGCUCCUGCUGCGCAACACCAAGCCCCUGCUGCAGAGCCGCAACGCAGCCGUGGUGAUGGCGGUGGCUCAGCUCUAUUUCCACCUGGCCCCCAAAGCAGAGGUGGGGGUCAUCGCCAAGGCCCUGGUGAGACUCAUGCGGAGCCACAGUGAGGUUCAGUAUGUAGUGUUACAGAAUGUGGCCACAAUGACCAUCAAGAGAAGGGGUAUGUUUGAGCCCUACCUGAAGAGCUUCUACAUCCGCUCCACAGAUCCCACCCAAAUCAAAGUCCUGAAGCUAGAGGUGUUGACGAAUUUGGCAAAUGAGACCAACAUCUCCACCAUUCUGAGAGAAUUUCAGACCUACAUCAAAAGCAUGGACAAGGACUUUGUGGCAGCCACUAUCCAAGCGAUUGGCCGCUGUGCCACCAACAUCGGGGAGGUGAGGGACACCUGCCUCAACGGCCUGGUCCUGCUCCUGUCCAAUCGCGAUGAGCUGGUGGUGGCCGAGUCGGUGGUGGUGAUCAAGAAGCUUCUCCAGAUGCAGCCGGAACAGCACAGUGACAUCAUCAAACACAUGGCCAAACUCACAGACAACAUCCAGGUCCCCAUGGCCCGGGCUAGCAUCCUGUGGCUGAUUGGAGAGUACUGUGAGCAUGUGCCCAAGAUUGCACCGGAUGUGCUGAGGAAAAUGGCCAAAUCCUUCACCAAUGAGGAGGACAUUGUCAAGCUGCAGAUCAUCAACCUGGCUGCAAAACUGUACUUGACCAACUCCAAACAGACCAAACUGCUUACUCAGUACGUGCUCAACCUGGCCAAGUACGACCAGAACUACGACAUCAGAGACCGGGCUCGCUUCAUCCGCCAGCUCAUCGUGCCCACGGACAAAAGCGGUGCGCUCAGCAAGUAUGCCAAGAAGCUCUUCCUGGCUCUGAAGCCGGCGCCUGUCCUGGAGUCUCCAUUCAAAGACAGAGACCACUUCCAGCUGGGCUCUCUCUCGCACCUGCUCAACGCCAAGGCAGGGGGAUACCAGGAGCUACCCGACUGGCCCGAGGCGGCCCCGGAUCCCUCCGUCCGAAAUGUGGAGGUUCCUGAAUGGACUAAGUGCAGCAGUCGUGAGAAGAGGAAAGAGAAGAAGGUGGAGAAGCCCUUCUACUCUGACUCGGGUGGAGAGUCUGGGCCCACAGAGUCUGCAGACAGUGAAUCAGACAUGGGCAGCGGGUCGGAGAGCGGCAGUGACAGUGAGAGCGGCAGCGAGGAGAGCGGGUCAGAAUCAGAGAGCGAGGAGAGCGAGGAGCAGUCCGAGUCCGAGAAGGAGGACAAGAAGAAGAAAAAGAAGCCAGACAAGAGCAAAGCCAAGAAACCGGCGCAGGACAGUGCUGAAAGUGAGCAGAGCAGUGGGGAGGAGAGGAAGACAGCGAAGAAGGGCAAAGAGCCGAGGAGCAGAUCGGAGUCCGAGUCUGAGGACGACGAGGAGAGCUCCUCAGAGAGCAGCGAGUCAGAGUCUGAGUCUGAGCACGAGUCAGAGUCCGACACAGACACUAAGAGGAAGAAGAAGACCAGUGCAUCCAAGCCACCUCCGAAACAGCCCAAAAAAGAGAAGAAAGAGAUGUCCCUGCUUGAUCUGGAUGACUUCGACCCCAGCCCAUCUCCUCAGGUCACCCCAGUCAAUAACUUCCUGUCCAGCAGCCUGGUGGCAGACUUAGAGGGACUGUCCCUGACAGACGCUGCCCUGUCCCCCGUGACUGUGAGCCCCACCACCUCGAUGAAGACCUAUGAGCUGCUGCACCGCAUCACAGGGGAAGGCCUGGCCGUGCAGUAUUGCUUCAGCCGCCAGCCCUUCGGCCCCGACCCCCACAUGGUGGCCGUGCAGAUCCAGUUCACCAACAACACCGAGACCGAGGCUACAAACAUCUGCAUCCAAGAGCCAAAGCUGCAGUCCGGCAUGAGGAUCAAGGAGUUCCCGGAGAUCGAGGUCUUGCCCCCGGGGGAGACGUUCACCGCUGUUAUGGGCAUUGAUUUCUGCGAUUCCACACAAGCGGCCAACUUUCAGCUCUGCACUCACACCCGGAAGUUCUUUGUGUCCAUCCAGCCUCCGGUGGGAGAGCUGGUGACGCCAGUCUUCAUGACAGAGAACGAGUUUCGGAAGGAACAAGAGAAGCUAAUACAGUUGAGUAUAGGUCAGCUGAUGGGCAUGAACGAGAUCACAGAGAAACUGACCCUGGGGGAGAAUUGCCAGAGCGACCAUGUAAUCGUCCAGAGGGUCACCUCCGCUGCUAACCUAAGCCGGGUGCCCUGCGGAUCGGAAAAGGAAUGCCGGUUUGCAGGGAAGACGGUGACCAGUGGCAGCCUGGUUCUGGUCACCGUGGUGUCUAAGGAGGGGCGGGCAGCCCAGCUGACUGUCAACUGCGAGAAGAUGGUGAUUGGUACUAUGCUGGUGAAGGACAUCCUCCAAGCCCUGUCCCAGUGAUGGACUGUCUCCUAGACCACGCCUGUCUGCUUUCACCCUCACACUCACUGUACCCAGCCCCAAACUCUCCUUCAGCCAAUACACACCCAGAAACCUGCCAACUUCUAACAGUGGCCCCUUCAAAACACCGUUCACAAAAGCAUUACUACCAUAAUGAUUAUAUGCCCAGAAAUGAUUAUGAUUCAUACAUCAGCAUAUUUGACCCACCUGCUAGCUUGAAACAUUGUGUGACAAUUAAUGGCUUCAGGGAUAGAAAAACAAAGAUUCUUCAUGAAUUAAUUUGUUGCCUUGGCUACAGGGGAACCCAAAUGUAAAAAUAUAUUUCAUAAACACCAAACUAAAGCAUAUGUGCAUCCAGAUAGCUGUGUAUGAUUUGUUUCUCUGUUUCAGGAAGGUAAUCCUGAAAGGCAAAUCCUAAAUUUGUUAGAAAAACUGAAAAAUAUAUCAUUUUUGAUUCAUUGUGAUAGAUUCUGGUGAAUUCCAGCCAUUCUCAUUGACAAAAGUCAAGAACUGGAUGCAAAGUCUAGAUGCAGUGUUCAAUUGCUGAAUCAAAAUAUUCAGUGGAAUCUUAUCCAGGGUUACUUAUUGUACAUGUUAUAUAUUACGCAUUUAUACAGCUGAUAUAUAUGCUUAAGCAAUUCAGGUUAAACUUCUUGCUCAAGAACACAACAGAAAUAAGCUGUUUGUGAACUAUAUGUAUAUUGCUGCAUACUUUGAGAACAUAAAUUCAACCUAUAACAGAUAACCUAUAGCAGGUUGUUAAAUAUUAAUAAGAGCAAGUUUUCAUUGACCUGACACAUUACAAAUAACAGUUUAAUAUGCUUUUCUCAGCCUUUGGUGAUUGUGCAUUAUGAAUCACUUGGGGUCACUUCAGUUUGAAGCUGAGCCACCAAAGAGGUGUGGGAUGGGUACAGACAGUCGAAGUUUAAACCCACAGGAAUGCAGCAAUUCUAAGCAGAGUACAAUGCUGGCAGCCGACUCAGACAUCACUGCCUCUCUGACCUUGGCCUAAUUAUACCCUCAACCUGCUUAAUGUGUGUAAAUUGGAGACUUGUUAUUCUUAACCCCUGCCAUGUAGGACUAUAUUACUAUUUCAUUAGCUGGUGGGUGACAUAUAGUCUGGUGGAUAAUACUGUCAACAUGAGCCUCUUCUUGGUGCCCCUUAAUAUAUGACAUUCACUUUAUAAACAACACAGUUGAUUAAUAUUUUAUGAAACAGAAUCAUUGAGACAUGCAUUAGAACGUAAAUAUUAUAUUCAAUAAAACUGAGAAUAUGUUCACUGUAUGAAUUUAUAUUUUGUAACAGUUUUGAAUCCCUGAUAAUGUGAGUGACUGUAGUCGUUAAUCUAAACUUGGUUACAUUCCUCCCUUGUCAUGUUUCAACGCACGCUGUUUGGUGCACAUUUUGCAGGUGAAAUGAAAAACAGCUGGGGACAAGUCCUCACAAUUAAGGAGCACGAACAAGCUCAUAAUAAACGUAAUAUGAUGAUAUUAGUGAUAUCUAAUAUAAAACUAAUUUGCUUAACCCAUCCAAAAUAUAUGAAUGCAUUUCUACUUACACUGCAAUGGAGAGUUUUUUGUAACUCUUUGUAAGGGCUGAAGGGGAGGUGCUCUGCCUUGUGUGAUAACAUCAUUUGUUGACUGGAACCUCAUUUCUGCACAGCGUGAAUGUGGCAUGUGGACUACUAUGUGAUUUUCGAGGGGACAUUCUGACACUGCUGAACAGCUGUUUUCAGCUCAGAGAGUUAACGAUGUUAAUCAUGGCAGAUGAUUACAGAAGCAUGUUCAUAGUAAACAGGGUAUUUCAUCGUGAGAUAACUGUUACGACUGUUUUAAGCUGUUGUCUGCUGAAUGUUCAGUUCAAUCUCACUGUGUCAGCCCCCUCCUUCUCUCACACCCCAAAAAAUUGUACAGCUUUCAGUGUGUAUGUAGUUGUUGUUUUUUUUCAUUUUCAUUGAAAUGCUAAGUUGUUUGUUUCUGAGACUAUGAUGAGAUAGAGUUUAAAGAAACUAUUAGUCACUUACAGUCUGGCCUAUGACUUCUGUAAACUCAUUAACCAUGCAAGCAAGAUUUUUAGUCAAUUAAGGUAAAAUAGUAUAAAAUGAUAGAGAUUAAUUUAGCAUCUGAAGCAACAAUGUGUAAUAAAAAAUACCUUGCAAAGAUUAUAACUGGUGUAUGAUGUUGUCACAAGGAACUAAAUUAUAACAUUGACCAAACUGAAAUGCUCUCAUUUUCAUAUUCCAUCAUUUCAAACUAGCAGCAGGACAAAAGAUGGUGGUGACACUGCUUUUCCUUUUUAAAUACAUAGAAGAAAUCUGUAUUUACAGUAAUCUUGUAUGAAACACUUUUCUCCACUGA